AUGAUUGGGUACCACGAUGCCUCAAGUGCCCUUACUCUUCUCGUCGUCCUGACAGGGGCUUCUUCAAUCCUCCAUCUGUCCACCUCCAGCCCUAUCCACACCCCUGGAAGUAACUUGCACAUCGCUGCUCCUACUGGGCUGGUGGUAUCUGGAGACAGGGAGAGAAGGGAUGAGGAAAGACGAUCCAUACAGAAAAGAGAGGCAGAAGAAGAAGAGGACGAGCUCUUUAAAGAUGUAGAUCCCAAGACACUAGCAGCAGUUUUACUGGAAGCACUGAAUCACUCACAAGUAGAGAGAAGGAGGGAGGGAGAGGAUGGGAUGGAAGAAGAGAUAAUGCCUGAGAGGGAAGAGAUUAAAAAAGAGGAGGCUUACAGAGACGUGAGAAUGAUGGAGGGAGCAGAGCGAGACAGAGAUGGACGACAGGAGUUAGAGCUGCUGAUGGCUGCACAAGGGAAGGAGCGGGAACGAGAGGAGGCAGAUGAGAGGAAAAAAGCUCAGGAUGAAGAGGAGAAGAUGACUGAGAGGGUGACCAGUCACACAACAAGUCAGACAGUGCAGGUCCAAACACAACAGCAGCCCGCUACUCCAGAUGGAAGGGGGGUGUAUGGGAUGGAUGGUGUCAACCAGCAGGAACCAACCAGCCCGGAGCAAUGGAAUGAAGAGGAGGAGCAGCUCAACCCAGAGGAACUGAAGAGCCUUGAGACCAUGAUGAAGGAGUUUCCUAGUUUGAACACUGCCACUAAGAGGAAGGGAGAUUCAAAGCAAACCCAGAGAACUAGCAGGGCUUACAGCACCUACAAUGACAUCAUACCAAUAUAUAAAGGCAGCAACCUCGCCAUGUCUAAAAAGAAACUGAAGUGGCAAGAAGAGACGCAGAAAGCCAUGAACUUCCCAACAUUCAGGGGAGGCAAUUUUAUGGAUGAAUUUGAGGACAAUAAUUACGCUGGUGGAAAUGCAGUACAGUCCCAGCCUCCGUCACAGCAGGAGGAAAUGGAAGACGAUGAACCAGAGGAGGAGGAAGAUGAGGAGGUAUUGAGUCCAGAGGAAGAGGAGGCUCAGGCCAAAGCAGAGCAGGAAGAGAUGAGGAGGCAGGCGGCUGAGGCCCAGAGAGCCAAAAUGGAGGAGGAAAAGUUGGCUGACAUUGCCUCAGACAUGCUGCUGCGCUACAUGGUCAAACAGAACAACGGGAACAAGAAGUACAGCUCAUCUCUAUCCAACGCAGCAGAGGACAAGAGGUCUGAUGAAGAACAGGGAGUGAUGGAGGAAGAUGAUAUUGAUCCUCAAACAAUUGACAAGCUUAUUGAGAUCUCCAGCAAGCUGCACCUCCCUGCCGAUGAUGUGGUGGAUAUCAUCAGCGAUGUGGAGAAGAAGAAGAAGAAAGACGUGCCGCUUGAGAUGACAUCACGUUGGCAACGUCCCCUAAUGCCCCUGUCUGUGUCAUCAUCAACCAAUGGCUUUUCAGUGUCACAGACCAAUCAAAAUAGCUUCCCUGACUCGAAGCAACCAACUCCAGCUGUCAAUGUCCUCAAAACCUGGUUUCAGGAGAAGUCUCCAACAAAAUCACAAGAUCUCUGGAGCAAAACUGCAAAUCCUACAAAUCCAAAUCUUUGGCCAAAACCUCAGAAGGCCUUGUUAAGCAAACAGGACCCCUGGCUCAUAUCACCCAAGUCUACUUGGACUGGCUACCCCCCUUAUCCAUACACAUACCCCUCCUACUACCAGAGGAAGCACUACUCAGACUACUACCCCAUCUAUGUCCCUCCUCCUCCAAGAUCCAAACUCCGCUACUAUGUCCCCAGACCUGUUUUCACCCUCAACAAUUUUUGGGGGAAUUCCGUGGAUGAUGCAUACACUUUCCCUCCCAAAAACCGUUACCAUAGCUGGGUCCAACCUCGGCUAAGAAAACCCCCUGCACACCUUCACCAGAAGCCUUACUACAACAGCUACCCCCUCCCACUUCACCCACAGACAUUUCAGCCAUUACCCAUCCCCAGACCUCACUCCCCUCCUAGAAUGCCAGGACUUCCUCUUCAACAGAAGCCGUUUUAUUACUCAGCCCUAGCACCUGCAGCAGCUAGGAACCAAGAUUAUUAUGUGGCUGGAAAGCAGCCAGACAGCAGCAACCGUGAUGAUCUGGAGAAAUACAUUCAGCAGAUACUCAUGAAGCGACCACAGAUGUUGGACUGA